GUUCCACCACCUAAUUGAGUGUAACUCAAUUGGAAAUAAAAUCAUUAAAUUUCAAUUUAUGAAAACUUUCUUGAUUCAAGAAAAACAAAAUCAUUUUCUUUUAAAGAAAAAUGGAGCCAAUCAAGAUUCAAGAAAAACAAACUAAAUUAAAUAUUUUAGCUUCAAUGUUUUUCUUGUUUGUAAUAUUUCUUUGUUCUUCAUUUUCAAUUCCAACAUUUUUGAGCUCCAACAUUAGCAAGAACUACAUGUUCUUUAUUUGCAAUGGAAUUCUUGUAAUUAUUGUCAAGAAUUCUGGUUUAAUGGGAACAGAAAGUAAAUCCACAAUCAAGAAUGGAGAAACCCCAUGGAAACCAGAUGAUAAAAUAGUUGUUUAUGAAGAAAAAAUGGCCAUGCAAGUUAUUGAAGAAGAUCAAGAUUUAGAAGAGGAAGAAAUUGAUUUGCUUAGUGCUGAAGAGUUGAACAAGAAAUGUGAUGAUUUUAUUAGAAAGAUUAAACAACAACUUGUUUUUGUUUAGUUUGUGAAUAUAUUUUUCUCAA